CACAGUGGACUCGUCUCAUCAGUCGGAAUCCUGGGAAUCGCCUGGAAUCGCGUCCCGUGCACGACUCACGCUCAAACAAGCAAGGGAAUUCCGCGAUCUUCCGUCGAGUAGGUUCUUCCUCGCUCGAAGGAUUACGGCGCUGUAGGGAAUCAAAACGCUCUAGGGAUUUUCGUGGUCUAGAAAGUACGGGAACCAGACUGACAAAAUACCCCGGAACUCCUUAGGGGUUUGCUGCAUUCUACAGACAGCACGUAUUGCUAUAGCGGCGGGUGCUAUGGCGGGUAAUGAGAAGUACGUUCAGGCGACCAACGACGACGCGACCGUCAGCAAACUGUCCUGUGUAACCAAAGGUUACUUCCAGGACCCCUUUGUGAAGCUGUUCGUUCGCCGACCGUCUCGAAGAUCCCCCGUGAUCCACAGAGGCUACUUCGCUCGAUGGGCCGCUCUGCAGCAGUUGGUAGACCAGUUCCUCGCCGUUAACGGAGCAGCUAGUAAAGAGGACAAGGCCCCUGGUGAUCGAGGUGGUCAACAGGAGUCAAGAGAGUCAGCGGCAGGAUCUGAGGUCUCUCUUCAGAUCAUUUCGCUAGGAGCAGGAUUCGAUACCCUCUUCUUCAGACUCCAGACAGAGGGCAGAGCACCCCACAGGUUCAUCGAAGUGGACUUUCAAGAGGUAGUGGUCAAGAAGGCAGCCAUAAUCAACGCCAAGCCCGAGCUGGCCGCAUGCCUGGGCCCAGAUGUCACCCCACUAGAGGGCGGGGGUCUUCGUUCCUCAACGGGCUACUCCCUUGUGUCUGCUGAUUUGAGAGACACUGAGAAACUGCACCAGGCACUCACAGCAGCCGGAGCCGACUUUGGGCCCAACACAGCAACGCUGUUCCUGUGUGAGUGCGUGUUGAUCUACAUGGACGCCCCCAGCAGCGAUAGACUCGUGGCAUGGGCAGCUGAGAGGUUUGGCACGGCAGCGUUUGUCAUCUACGAGCAGAUUCGGCCCGACGAUGCCUUCGGGCAGCAAAUGAUUCAAAACCUGGAGGCUCGAGGCUGCCCUCUCCUUGGUAUCAGAGCCACGCCAACGCUAGACGCAAAGGAGAAGAGAUUCCUUGAUAGUGGUUUCCAGCAAAGCAAGGCAGUGGAUAUGGACGUGAUCUACUCUCAGCACAUCGACCCUCAGCUCAUCAGAAAAAUCGAGCCGUUGGAAAUAUUUGACGAGUUUGAGGAGUGGCAUCUAAUGCAGGAACACUACUGUAUUGCUUACGGAAUCAAGGAUGCUCUGGGUGUUCUCCAUAACUUUGGGUUCCGUGACCACUCUCACAAGAUGUGAAAUAGCCGUAUUGUGAAAGCUUGCUUGGGUCAUCUUGGCAAAGGCAGCGUGCCUCAUUUCACAUGGGAUUGUUUACAUGGUUCUCGUCCAAUAGACUACACCUACAAAUAGGGUGGGUGGGUGGGGAAAACGAAACUGGAACUAGAAGUGAGGAACAUGGGUGAGGUCGAAUGGCCUCACGUCCCUCUUUUGUAGGCAAAAGAGGGUGAGUAGCGCUUUGACGCUGUCCUUGCUGCGUUGGCCCUCGCUACACUUUCACAAUACACAUUUUUUAUAAAGCGUUACACGCUUUCAAAAGAUUACAUGAUUAGCA